UAGGAUCAGACUCCCAUAGUAUCCUCUCUCUGUGUAUAUUUUUCUCCAUCUCUAUCCCAAACGGGGGAGGGACCUCUCCCAUGGCUGUCCCUGGUUAGAAAGAUGAGACCUCUCCAGCGGAUUCUCCAUCCUCCCUCUGUGUUUUCUCUGCCUCUCUCUCUCUCCCCCAUACACAGGACACAGCAAAGAGAAACACAAACACGACGAAGAGAAGUCUGGAGCAUAUGGAGCUGGUUGUGUCUUCAAUUGCAGGCGACCUGGGUUCACAUGGUCGUCGAGGAGGCCGAUUGUCGACACCUUACCAACUCCAAGAUGCUACUCGAGCUGAAGAUGCUUGCUGAUGCCAUGUACCGAGGCUACCAUGCCCUGGACACCGCCAAGUCUCGAACCCUUCGCAUCUCAAGGGUUGAAGAAGACGAGGUUAGCAGCUCUGAUUCCAUUAAGUCUUUUCGUUCCACACGGAGGACCGCUGCUUCAACUUAUCACAGCCUUCAAAGGGCACUGGAUGGUUUAGAAACCAUGGUUUCUAAUAUGACAGAGUUUGUCUUGCUUCUAGGUGGAUGUGAACGCAUGUUUCGCAGCCCUUAUGACACAUACCUCUAUACUGACCAUUUCAUGUUUGGCCGUCACAUAGAGAAACAACAAGUGAUCAAUAUCUUACUGCAAGAGAAUCCUACUUCUGCUCCAACUGUGCUGCCGAUCAUCGGCACUGGUAGAGUUGGAAAGAAAACUCUGGUCGCACAUGUUUGCAACAACCAAAAAGUCCUGUCACACUUUUCCUCAAUCCUGCACUUGAAUGGAGAGAGCUUCUAUAAAACUGAGAACGAAACAUUCAUCCAGACAGGCCGGACUUUGGUUGUGGUUGAACUCACUUCAGAUGUGGACGAUGAGACUUGGCAAAAGUUUUACUCAUCAACAACAGCACAUAUAGGCAGAGGAAGCAAGAUCAUAAUCAUAACUAAGAUUCAGAGGAUAACUAGGUUCGGGACAGUAAGGCCAGUGUGCUUGAAUAGCUUCUCACCUGAGGAGUAUAGCUAUCUCUUCAAGGUUCUUGCUUUUGGAAGCACAAACCCAGAGGAGCACCCUCAGCUAGCAUCGAUAGCAGAAGACAUAGCAGCAGUACUGGGAGGAUCAAUGAUCACAGCAAACGUAUAUGCUGAUGUGCUUAGGAAAAAUCAAAGUGCUAAAUUUUGGCUUAGUAUCUUGAAGAAGUACAGGUAUGUGGUGCAGAGUAAUUUUUCGGUAUAUGGUGAACACCCAAAGUAUCUUAUGGACAAAGAUCAUCCUAUUGACAUAUCCAACAUUGCAUCAUCACCUACUCCACUUCGCCUCAUGCCUCCUCACAGAGAAGAAGAUGAUUCCAAAAGGAAUUUGCCUAAGGUUAUGUUUGGAGACCUGAUUGCAGGUUCCGCAAUUUUGCCAAGGGAAGAGUUUGAGCUAGUCGCAUGGGAAUCGCGGAUACCACCAUAUAAAAAGUUUCUUAAUGUUGCUAAAUUCUUUGAUGAGAUGAGCUUGCCUCAGCCUGCAGUUUCACCUAGCAAGAAGCGCCGACGAUAGAUUAGUUGACAUUAUAGGAUCGAUGUACUAGUUCUUGCCUCAUCUGUAGUUGUUUGACAUGGCGUUGUAAUUAAAUUAUUACUACUGUAAAGGAAAAAUAGCUAUCUGUGAGUCGUCAGAUCGGAUGAAAUCAAGCUAGUAUUUGCUUCUUUGUUGUUUGA